AUUCUGCUGAACUUCCAACAGAAGUACAUUACCUCAGCAAAAAAAAAACUGCCUUUUGUUAUUUAGUUAGCAUUUGUAUGCUUUUUGUACAAAAAAAAUGUAGACCUAUCAGGAAAAGGGGAAUGUACGGUCACAGAACUCGGUUGAAAAGUAUCGUAAUUUAAUGCAGGUUAUAUGUAGGAAGCGACAUGAUGAUUGUUGGGAACGGUAAAGGCUUACUUAAAUAGGACUCGUAUUGUGCAUUUUGUGUAUGCCGAAGUGAAAACGGGACUCUAGCAAAGCUCUGACUACUUUCCUUUUCCAUUUCAGAGGAGCGUUUGAUUUAUUCUGCUGAGGCUUCCUCCAAUGAUCUGAAACAGAGCAGAAAGAGUCGGUCUCCGAGAGAGAAACAUGCCGUCUAACAAGUCGGUGUCUGACGCCCCCAUCACUCAGUUCGUCAACUGCAGAAUCCUAAGAGACCACCGGCUGCAGAGAGAGGAUCUGUGGGUGCGUGACGGGAGGAUUUUAGACCCAGAGAAGCUGUUCUUUGAUGAGCAGGGAUACGCUGACAAAUGUGUGGACUGUGAAGGCAGCAUCAUCGCCCCAGGGUUCAUAGAUACCCAGAUCAACGGAGGAUAUGGCAUCGACUUCUCUCAGGCUUCUGACGACGUGGGAAGUGGAGUUUCUUUUGUGGCCAAAAAGAUCCUAGAGCACGGCGUGACGUCCUUCUGUCCCACCCUGGUUACCUCUCCCCCGGCUAUCUACCACAAGGUUCUGCCUCAAGUCAAAGUUCACAAUGGAGGAAAACAUGGAGCUGGAGUUCUCGGUUUCCACCUGGAGGGUCCGUUCAUCAGUGCGGAGAAGAAAGGAGCUCACCCAGAGCAGUUUCUCCGUACCUUCCGCUCAGGUGGACUACAGGACCUGAUGGAGGCCUAUGGCAGCCUGGACAACGUUGCCAUGGUGACGCUGGCUCCUGAGCUGGCCAGCAGCCAAUCAGUGGUGAGGGAGCUCUCUCAGCGAGGUGUCACUGUGUCCUUAGGUCACUCUGUGGCCAACCUGUCCCAGGCUGAGGAAGCCGUACAGCACGGAGCAUCCUUCAUCACUCACCUCUUUAACGCCAUGCUGCCUUUUCACCAUCGUGACCCCGGCAUAGUGGGUCUGCUGACCAGCGAUCAGGUCCCUGUAGGCAGGACGGUCUACUAUGGAAUGAUAGCUGAUGGGAUCCACACCAAUCCUGCAGCAUUACGCAUCGCUCACAGAGCUCACCCUGCAGGUUUGGUGUUGGUGACCGAUGCGAUCGCAGCGAUGGGUCUACCUCCAGGUCGCCACACUCUGGGCCAGCAGGUCAUAGAGAUCCAGGGUCUGCACGCGUAUGUUGCAGGAACAAAAACACUCAGCGGCAGCAUAGCCACAAUGGAUAUGUGUAUACGGCACUUCAAACAGGCUUCGGGCUGCAGUGUAGAGGAAGCUCUGGAAGCUGCCUCGCUCCACCCUGCUCAACUUUUGGGUAUCAACAAUAAGAAGGGAAACCUGGACUACGGUUCAGACGCAGAUCUCGUAUUGCUGGAUGACGGCCUCAUUGUCAAAGCCACAUACAUUUCUGGAGAGGAGGUUUGGAGGAAAGGACCAUAGAAGAAGAAGAAGAAGAUGUGGAGGCCUGCAGAUGGAAACCUGUCUUACAGUUAGAAUCUGAUCGAUGAUCUUGCUAAAAAGCCAGUGUUUCUAUUUUCUCUGGACAUUUUUCUUAUGUAGGUAUUUUUAAACCAAGAAUCAGUUGCUAAUUCAAACUUGGACUCAGAGUAAUCUCUUUAUAAAUUGUAAA